CCUCCUCCUCUCUUUCUCUCUCCAGAACUGCGAACCAUCAUCGCUCGACUCGCCGUACAAGAAAGCAGCAGCAGGCGACGCCGGCGCUCAGCAUAUCCGGCCGGCCCCUUCCCCCCACGCUAACGUGCGCCUCCCCGAGCACGGCGGCGAAAUCCGCCGCGGCGCGUCGCGACGGUGCGGACGCGUCGUCGUGAGGGCGUCGGCCUCGCCACCCGUCGGGAAGUCAUUCCCUCCCCUCCGAGAUCCGAUCGUCUCCAAAACCCUAGCCCAGCCCCCGAUUCCGCCGCCGAUCGGGACGAUCGGAUCGCCGCCGCUUCCGGUCCGCGGACCCUCGCGAGCGAUCGCCGCGGAAUUCGCCGGUCGGAGAGCUCGCUCCCGCGCGCGCAUGUGCGCAUUUUCGGUGAUUGAUUGGUAAGGUACGAUCGCGGGUAGAGCCGGGGAGUGCGAGGAUGCAGAGACGAAGUCCGCCUAAGCACCGGCACGACGGGACUUCGCCGCUGCCGCUGGGAAUGGAUUGGAGCCCUCCGCCACGGAAAUGGAAUGGGCGGGACACUGUGUGGCCGCACGAUCAUCGGACAGGAUGGAGUUACUGUGUUACAAUACCUUCAUGGGUCCUGUUGCCGAAAUCAAGAGACUCGGAUCCUGUUGUGUUUUACAGGGUUCAGAUUGGUUUACAAUCUCCCGAAGUUACCACUGUUCGUGGAGUGUUAAGAAGAUUCAAUGACUUUUUGAGGUUAUUUUCUGAUCUUAAAAAAGCAUUUCCUAAGAAGAAUCUUCCACCAGCUCCUCCGAAGGGACUUUUGCGGAUAAAGAGCAGGGCAUUGUUGGAUGAGAGAAGAUGCUCAUUGGAGGAGUGGAUGACAAAGCUCCUGUCUGACCUUGACUUGUCGAGAAGUUUUGCAGUGGCGUCAUUUCUUGAACUAGAAGCUGCUGCUAGAUCUUCUUUUCAAGACACAAAUCAAAAUGUGCCAGAGGCAUUGGGUUCUGGAAAUAGUUCAAUAUCAUCACAUCAGCCACAAAAUGAUUCAGCAUUAUCUGCUGUUGCUGGUGGUUCAUCUCUCACAUCAGAUUAUGGCAGUGAUACUGCCUAUGAGAACUCCGAACUUGGAACACCAACGUUAGGAAGACAUGAAAGUUCUGAUGUGGGUGUGGAGGAAUUUUCCUUGGAUGAAGACUUGCCUAAUCCCAUUGAUAGACUUGUCAAAUAUGGUGUGGCUAAUAUUGAUGAGGGUCUGUUCAUGGGUGAAGCAAUUUUAGAGCAGCUGGAAGGUUUUGAUAGGCGUAAAAUCCAUGGCAACCAUGUAAAUAUCAGUGGAAAACACUUGGAAAAUGGAAAUGUUUCCAAAGUUCCAUACCUUAUGGGAAAUGACUUAGAACUCUUCACAGAGCCAGAUCAUUUCAAGGUUACUGGCCACACACGGAAACUCUCUUCUGAUAGCAUAUCCAGUGAUGUGAGCUCUCUCAGAGAAAGUGAGUCAUCAAACUCUGGAAUGCCUAAUUCAUCUGGUAAUGGCUCUGCUUACCUUUCUGGAGCUGUUGAAACUUCAAGUGCUCCAGAAAUUCUUGGGAACACGGAGCUGCAUGCUUUAGGAGAUGGGCAAGUCAUCCUUCCGAUGGAUCAGCGCAGUAAAUUGAACAGGGUCAUGUUCUCCUUUCAACGAAGACUAGUAACAGCAAAAACAGACAUGGAGGAUCUUAUAUCGAGACUAAACCAGGAAACUGCCGUGAAAGAUUACCUUAUGACAAAGGUUAAGGAUUUGGAGGGGGAACUUGAAACUACAAAACAAAAGAGUAAAGAAAACCUUGAACAAGCAAUAUUAGCAGAGAGAGAGAGAUUUACUCAAAUGCAGUGGGAUAUGGAGGAAUUACGACAAAGAUCUUAUGAGAUGGAGUUGAAGUUAAAGUCUAAACAGGGUGGUGAGUCAAGUUCUGAAUCAACAGGAGCAUCUUUUAGCCCAGGGAGGGAGCUGCUUCAGGAGUUGGAUGAAAGCAAACAGCAGGUUGGCAAUUUGCAGAAAAGAUAUGAAGAGCUAGAACUAAGGUCAAAGGCAGAUCUUAAAGUCCUGGUUAAAGAGGUUAAAUCUCUCAGAAACACCCAGAAUCAUUUGAAGCAAGAGCUUAGUCAAUCUCUGGAGGAAAAGAGAAAAGUUGAGAAACUUCUUGAAGAGGAAAAACAAAUGAAUCAACAAUGUGAAACUGCCUUGACCAAGCUAUUGCAAGAGUGCAAAACCAUCCACAAUGCACUGCAAGACUGUGUUGUCAAUAUCACUGCAGAUGAUGCAAAAGACCUUGAUUCUUCCUCUGUUGAAGGCAUACGAUUCUCAUCUAUGUUGAAUGACCUAAUCGGCCGUAUAACUGCACAGGCACAUAUGUUAGCCCAAGAAGGCCAUGCCGCUGCUUCUGACAUAUAUGGAGAUAAUGGAGUAAAUGACAACACAAGAAUGGUAGAGGAUGAAUUGAAGACUACUAUAGCAAACAUCAUCAUCGAUAGUGGCACUUUGUUUAGAAAACAGGUGAACUCUUUCUUGCAAUGUUCCACUAAUGAUGUUUCCAAAACUGAGACAGCAGAGGCUACUACGGGAAAAUCUUAGCAGAUUGAUUGAGUCUUUUGAAAGGGGAAUAGGGUUUAUAUUUGUGAGAGUAAAUCCUAUCUCUUUGGUAUAGUCAUAAUGCCACAUCUCCACAGUGUCUUCUCCGCAUUUUAGUUAGUUGACGAUACCUGCGGAGAUGGCAGUCUGUGGUGACAUUUUGUAAUCCCACAUAAAUGCUUUUCACAAGAUGGCAGUCUAUACGAAACGAUUUUUCCUUGUUAAUGUACAUGAAUGAGUACAGAUAUUACCCGAAAAGCUAUAGAUGAAUUUUGGAAAUCUUCGAGCUUA